CGUCCCGCUUCCGAAGGACCGGUUGUCCGGAUCACUCGUGCCGAGCGCGCUGCCGCCGGAGGAACCAAGCCGUCGCAUCGCCCGUCUCAGCGAGCGAGCCGCUGCGGACACAGCAUCAGCCGCACCGAGGAGGGAAUACCGCCGCCGCCGCAAGCCAGACAGCAGGAGUAGUACCCACGGGAGCAGCAGCGCGUCGCUGGGAAAGAUUGGGGACAUGGGCACCUGAGGUGCUCGGGGGUGCGCGCGUGUGUGUGUGUCUGUGUGAGCGCGACGGGAGUCGUCGUCGCCGGUCUGAGCCCUUCUCGACGAGAGCCAUGGCGGCAGCCGCUGCCAGCCGGAGACACCGGGUCCCCCCGGCGAUGCUGCUGUCAAAGCCGAUGCUCGUCCCGAUGCUGCUGCUGCUGCUCGGAUUCAUAGCACUCGCAUCAGCCGGGAGCGUAGCGAAGCGGCCCUGGAAGAACAGCACCUCGUGCGACCCGGACACGCACUUCGUCUGUCGGAGUGACCCAAAGAUCUGCAUAGCGCUCUCCAGGGUGCGCGACGGCUCGGCUGACUGCCCCGACGCCUCGGACGAAGCUUGCCACCGGGGAGAGUUUCGGUGUCUCAGCAACUACUUCUGCAUUCCGGAGCGGCGCGUGCGAGAUGGCUGGGAGGACUGUCCCGACGGCUCUGACGAAAUUUGCCAAAAGAACGAGCACCGAUGUCGCUGCGGCUUCCCUCGCUGCAUCAGCGUCGAGCGAGUCGGUGAUGGCGUCAGGGACUGCCUGGACGGCUCCGAUGAAGACAAAGAGAAAGGCAAGGCGUACAAGUGCCCCAGCGACAGCUCCUUGCAGGACCUCAUGGCUGUCGAGCGACGUCGGCGUUCAGACUCUGAACGGAGGAGAAGGGCGCGGCAUUCGGGCCUAAUGACAUACACCGUGGGACUGGACCACCAGGCAGAAGCUGCGGAAGUGAGCGUGGCUCUGAUCGAGCCCACGGGCGCCCUGGCCACUCUCACCCGCACCGAAGUCAACGCUGAACAAACAACACUGCACACGACCGAAAUACGACGAGAGUACGUCGAGGGCACGUACAGUCAGAUCUUGUCCACCCAUUCCACGGUACUCGAGCUUGCGCCGUCCCUCAACGAAGUUGAAGACUCCGCUCAACAAGAAGGCAGAAGACAGCGGCCGCAUACUACGCAUGGCGUGCAGAGCUUCGGAUCACUGAGUUCCGGAAAGGUCUUUCAGACGGCCGUCAACGAGCUGUCCUCGGCUGUUACGACGGAGGUUCAGCCAACCAGGACUACACAAGCGUCCUUGCUAAGCGCACUUCCAGGCACGAAAUCGACCACUGUAGUGGGCCUCAACAUCAAAAGCGGCCAAAUAUCGGAGCUUAGCGAAGAAAAAGAUAGUGAGGUGCCAGUUAUAACCGUCACGGGUACGGAAGGUCUUCUCGUACAGGGAACAGGAUCUGAUCAUGUGACGUACAAGGUUUUUACGGGUACCUACGUCAACACAGAGGGUCACGAUGCAAAGACGUACAUGUUCUUUUUUGGCAACAGACAGCUGCCGGUCGACGCUACGCCCUCGCUUCCGCAAGAGGCCACGAGAUCAGAACAAUUCGACAUUCGGUCAGGCAACCAGAAAGGCGUGGUCCUGGACAUUUCUCACAAGAUAGGCAUACUGCUGCCCUCUCAGACUGUGUCUUCCAUUUCACCAACAGAGGCGCCCCGUUCGGACUACCUCAUUUUCGGAUCAGGCAGUGCACAUGGCGGUGAAUCCAUGACCGGAAUGCUCAUCGAAGGUUCUGAGCCUAUCACAAUAGAAGGCAUGACACGAUCUCGCAUGUCGACAGCUAGCACAAUGCACGUCACGUUGAGCUCGAUGCCGGCUCAGAGUCGACGAGAAAAGACCAGUUCAACGACUCACAAAAAGGCCACUCCAACACUCUACAGGCAUGGAAAGAAGUUCGAGCCAACGGCUACAGGCAGGAGAAUCGCCCCCAUGGACGGAGCAACUAUAAUAACGGACAAAUUCUUCCUUCCUCAACACCUGGGGCUCUAUACAACGUCUCCUGUUUCGGACACGUCCAGAACAGCUGACGAGUUUCUGGAAGAAGUCGAUCACGACUACGACACUCCGCCGGUACGAGAAGAAGAAGAAGAUCCCGUCGUUAUGGUUAGAAUGAGACACCCGGUUAACAACUUUAACAUCGAGGCUUUUAGGCCUGAACUACUGACACCUACGCCGGUGAAGGAUAUCAGGCCGACAAGAACCGUCGGUUCCAAUCAGGACGAAUACACCGACGAUGCAGGUGACAUAUUCGCAACGGAUGCUUUUAGCGACCAAGACAACGAGCAGAAUAAAUCUACAAAAAAGAACAGAGUGACCUUAUUUGGCUUUGUAGACUUCACGACGACUAUAUCUGGCACGGAAGUUGUGUUUCAACCGGCGGCAACGGGAACUUCAUUCGACUUUGGAAAUACUAGACGGCCACACGAAGAAGACAUCUACAACCCAUUCAACAUUCCCACACGAAAACCGCAGACAACUUCGUCAUCAGCAAAGCGAAAGGACUCUACAUAUGGUACCGAAACAAGAGAGUUCGUGUCGAAAUUAUCUAUGUUAACGUCUACAUUUAAGGGUGGCGUAGAAAUGCUGAGUACAAUGUACACAUCAACGAUCCCAAUGCUAGUCAAAUCUCGUCUGCCAAAAUAUGACGACGCUGAAUUGGAGGGACACGUUCAUUCCCUCGCCGCUGAACCAAACAUCGGCAGUUCUGAAUACACGGAAGAUUACCUUUACGACAGUCACGUAUAUGAAAACCUUGUUCGUUCUUCAAGCUUCAGCCCUGAGGGCCUAGUGACACCCAACUUCUUGUCCUCAUACUUAUUUCCGGCUUCAAAAGACCAAGACGUGGAUUCACCAAUAAGCAGGACACAGGAACGCAGCAGUUCUGUCCAGCCUUCAGAGACAGUUAUGGUAUCUAUGAUUGAAGGGUCGAAGACGGAAAAGUAUCCGGUAACACCGACGCGCCCUGCCCUUUCGACACCCACACCUAAGAGAAAGAAAACAUACAAGACUGGUUUAGUGAGCUCUAUAACAGGCACAGAUAUCAACGGUGACAUGACUACUGAGUGGACAACCCUAAUUAUUGGCACAGUAAUCGGUGGAAGGUACGCGCACGUCAUUCAAAGCACAUCGAGCAUAUUUUAUACACAGUCAAAGACAGAAAUGAUGGAAGAAGUUACAACCCCAAAAGCUCCACCUCCAGCUCCUGGUCUUGUACUCCCUAGUGACAUCCAGAUCGAAGGAGUAUCCGAUCGGGCUGUGACCGAACAAGAACUUGAGGAAGGCACUGAGGCCCCUGCUCCCGCUACAGAAGAGACGCCUCAAGCUGAAAGUGGUGAAGGAGCUCAUGAUUCUUUGGACGUAUACAGUAUCACUUCUAAUUUCGCUGUUCCUCUCAUAAACCAGUCACGUGUUGUUGAAGACAGCUACGAAACAGCAUUGUCUGGACAAGAGCAACCAUCAGUCGUAGAACUAUCAGAUGACCUGCACGUUUCGACACUAGUUCCGUCGAUCGAGCCAUCUUACACUUCACCCUCGUCAACAUCAGACGUUGCAGUCUUGACAGACGGGUUCAUCCUCCCUAGCACACAAGAGAGCACGAAGGAGUAUGACUAUGACCAGCCGCCGACGGCGUCUGCGAGCCCGGAAGAAGACAAGCCAAAAAUUAUCACCAUGGGAUUUAUUUUGCCAGGAGCUGACCCCGCAAGCGAGUUCGAAGAUGAUCUUGUGCACACUGAUGAAGUUCGACUCCUGACUGAUGGUUUUGUACUGCCCGGUCAGGAUCUGCCUUCUCAACUUGGAAACGAUCAGACGCAGUCAACGCUACAAGGAAGAAUUAUAGACACCGUGGUACCACCGCAGCAGGAAGCAGCGACAGUGACAUCAUACCCCAUCACACACUAUUCUACAUUCACUUACUACACGACACUGCCAGGUCCCAGCGAUAGUAUUGUGUCAAGCAGAGAAGUCACAACGUCUCAAGUGUUCGAGAAUAGCGAGGAGUAUGAAGAGGCUAGGAAACAUGGCUUUGACACUAUCGCGCCAGAGAAAUCAAUGCUCCCACUGGACCCUUCACAACCAGCGACAGUGAUGACAACUUAUACGUACCAAAGCACCUAUACAUUGGACGGCUCAACACUUGUAUCUGUCAGCGAGAAAACUAUGUCGGACCUGCUGGCUCCUUCUGAAGAAAAUGUGGAUAGCGAAAAAAUUUCGCCUACAGCCACUCAAGUUUAUCUCGAAACGUCCCCGGGCUACGAUGCUGCUUCUGGUACUGGGCAAGAAGACCCACAUGCACAAAAUCCUAGUGAAAGCUCCGAAACGGAUGAUACUACUUCCUCAAAAGCGACACCGCCUUUAGAAGCGGCCCCCACGACCUACUUCACAACUUACACUUACCUUACAACGCUCUUCAAGGACGGUACUUCCAGCGUGACAAGCAGCUUGGAAACAGUUUCAAAUAUACUUUACGGCUCCUCAAGUGGUUCGGAAGACCCAGUGCAUGAUAGCUUAAAGAAGAUUUCACCAACGUCGAUGGUUCCAGUGACAACAUACUAUACCACAUAUACCUAUUUCACGACACUUCUCAAGGAUGGAACAUCAACCGUUACUAGCCGGGAAGAGAUUGUAUCGAACACAGUUCGAGGGAGUGAUGCAACGAUGACGACACAGCCAAGUGAUUUGAUAGAACCAACGAAGACGGAUCUUUUGUCCACGGUCUAUACGACCUACACGUACUACACGACGUUCGUACGUGGAGGUAGCACAACUAUCAGAAAUCGCACGCAAGUUGUGUCCAAGGUCAAGACAAUUUCUCAACCAAGUACUACUGAACUCAUCACAGCACCUGUUGUAUCCACUUACUACACCACGUACACGUAUUUCACCACAGUUAAUAGAGGAGGAACCAAGUCUGUAAAAAGCCGCGAGAGUGUCAAGACGAACGUAGUUACGAAAUACCCGAAAACAGCUGCCGACCAGUCUACGCCAGUGCCAUCGAUUAUAACGACCUACACAACCAUACUGUCCCCAGUUACGGUGUACCGAGAUGGAACUCCUCGAGUUUCCUUUAUAUCAAAAACGUCGGCCAUUACAAAAACUCUUACCCACUCGUCCACACCAACAUCUGAAGAAGCUGCAGAAAGCAUCAUUGAAGCUACUCCGACGGCAGGAAUGCACACUAUGUUUACAACUUACACGUACUAUACGACAUUUUACGAAGAUGGUACACCGGUGAUAUCAAGCCGAGAAGAGACGGUAACGAACAUGAUUUCGAAACCGACAGGGACUCCUCACCUCGAAGAGACGAAGCGCAAUCUUGAAAGCAGUACCAUCGUUCGCACAUACUAUACUACUUAUACAUACUUCACUACGUUUGAAACUGACGAAAGCCCGACUGUAUCCAGCAGGGAGGAAAUCGUGACGAACUACGUGACUAUGACACCACAUGACAUUAUCACAGGCGUGUCACCUACAAGUGUUUCUCCCGAGGCCCAGCCCACAGAGGCAUCGAUGACGGAAGAGACGCCUCCUCUGCUUAGCUCGCUUCCUGAGGGCAUCGACCUGCGAGAGCUUCUUCGUAAUGUGCCGGUUACCCACUACACUACUUAUACCUACUACACGACGCUUUACACUGAUGGCAGCUCAGUACUAUCAAGCAGGACGGAAGUUGUUUCUAACGUCGUGGGCCCCACCGCUGCUACGGCUCCCACGCUGCCAGCAGGCCUUGAGGUUGACCACAGUGAUUUGCAGUCGUCAGUUGAGUCAACCGAAUCGACGCACAUAUCAAGCUCCAAAGCAGCAGAGAGCAGUUCCAGUGAGGCUAGGUCUGACACUGAAUCUAUUGUCGCCGAUUUAGCUGCUCAGCAAAGCGCCACUCCUGCGCCAAGUCCAUCGUUUACACCAAAACUUGAUUCAAGCUUUCAGAAGGCUUCCUCAAGAUUCCAGAAAUCACCACUAAAGUUUAGGCUCAGAACGCCAACCUUUAGAAGUCGGACAAGGCUUCCACCGCCGACUGGUGCACACAUCACCAGUGCUUUGGGGGCACCUCUGAUUGUAGUUAGGAACAAGAGGAAUGCCGAUCCGGAUGACCUCGCUGUCGCGGAGGCAAGAGGAGACCAAAUAUACGCUACUCCAGUCACGUACUACACAACGUUUACCUACUUCACUACAUACCUAAAGCCAGAUGGACGUACAUCGGUUGCCAGCAAUCUACAAGUCAUUUCUUCAGUUCACUAUCCUACUCAGCGCAUCGCACCUACCAGAACAAUAUUCCACGACCAGAUCCAUCGUACCGAGCCAGUGCGCGCCUAUCCUUCUUACCAAGGAGUCACGGGGUGCAUUCGGUGCAGAUCUGACAUAAAGACUGCGUAUGUCACUCAUACAGACUACAUCACGGAGUUCUUUCAAGGACGGCCAGUGACAUCGACGCGCUACGUAACGCUUACAAACUACGUUACUGUGACGCCGGGGCAAACAGUCUACGAGCACAGGCCUUCACAAGUCAUCGCCGUUCCAGGCUGUAUCCAUUGCAGACAGCAACCGCAAUACACAACUCAUACCUACUACUCAACUGUGCUUGUCGCAGGUCGACCGGUGACAUCAACACGCUAUGAUACGGUAACGAACUACGUCACGGUUACGGUCACUGAAGAGCCGAUUCACCAACGAACAAGGCCAACAGUGGUUCAACCUGUCGUACCUCACCAGCCAGCGACAGCAGUUGAUACAUUUUACACCACCUACACGUAUUUUACAACCAGUGUGAUUCACGGAAAACCAACGGUGUCCACAAGAUAUGAGACGUUAACGAACUAUGUUACGCGGACAAGAGAUGACGGAGUGGCUGGCCGUGCCAUUCAACCUACGGGCGCCUAUCGACCUGUGAUCAUACGGCCCACCCCGGUUAGAGAUACGGUGUACACAACCUACACCUACUUCACUACAAGGCUAAUUCAUGGCCGACCAACUGUCGAGACGCGCUACGAGACAGUAACUGACUACGUGACUGUUACAGUGACAGAGCAAGCACGAAUUCGACCUACGCAAGUGUACAGGCCUCUUUACUCGACAGUGCCUGGCUAUGCGCCUCACCACACAGCUUACACAACCUACACUUUCUAUACGACGCACUAUUUGGAUGGUCGGCCGGUCGUCGACACCCGGUACGAGACGGUCACAAAUGUUGCAACCGUUACCCUCACCGAAUACGCGACGCCGGCAGUAGGGGCGCGGGUAAGGCCAGCGGAGACGGGGCCAUACAGAACGUACCAUACUACGUACACUUAUUUCACGACACGCUAUGUUGACGGCAGUGCCAUAGUAAACACACGAAAGGAGACGGUGACGAACACCGUGUUAGGUGCUCUGUGCCGCACCUGCCCAGCGGGAUACGUAGAGGGCCGCUCGCAUGACGGUGGUCCACAUCAGCAGACUGCAGCGAUAACGCACACUCUGGCACCGGGACCGCAGAUACAGCCAACGCCUACGACUUACUACACCACUUAUACCCACUUCACAACAAUCCUCGAAGGCGGACGGCCAGUCGUCCAGACUCGGUACGAGACGUACACCGACAUUGUGUCCGGCAUUGUGCUGCCCACGAGGGCAUUGGUCGCGCCCGAGCCAAGCAAGCAAGAUCUCCAGCAAGGCCAUAUUCAGUCCAGGCUAGAUCACGUGCAAGAUCGCGUCCAAGAACAGCUCCCGGUCUUCCAGAAGAUAGAGCCUUCCAGACGUCGACGAUCCUCUCUGGCAACCAGAGUGCCGUUCGCCAUAACUGACAGAGGGUUGGCGCAAGCCGAGUACGAACUGGUUGGUGGACGCGGAGAUACGCUGUCCCAAGUGCCCCGACACCGAGCCCAAAGAGGGCUCUCUGAUGACGUAAAUGCUCCCCAAGCUCGGCCCGGCAGAAAGAUGCUGAGUCAUGGUAGGUUCCCAAGAAGCCCCUUAAGGGACGGCACAACGACUACUUUCGCGCACUUGCGCCAUAACGCAAACUCACAAAAGGGCUCGAGGCUCCCGCCGCAGCGGUUUCUGCCAAAGUCAUCGGCCUCUUCUGUCUUCCUGUCCGACACACAACUUUACCAGCAUCCGCAAACACGUCCUGAACAAGCUCUCUCAGAACCAGCUGUCUAUCUGAAGCCAUCCGUCUACUACCGUGAGGCCAGGCGCAAUGAGAAAGAUUACGAGGGGCUGCGCAGGACUGCCCGACUGGAGCCGUCUUUUCUAGCAACGCCUUCACCGCUGACGUUCUACACAACCUUCUCGCACUUCACCACUGUCCUGAGCGACGGCAAGCCGAGUGUCUCGACACGACUUGAAGUCAUAACUAACGUCUUCACUGACGUCGUCCUGCCCACGAGAACGACGACCGAAGUGCCCGCGCGCAAGCGAAUCCGAGAUGCAAACAAAGCGGAAACCAAUACUGUGGCUGGCGAAGAUUCUGUUGAGCUGAGCCAGAACCGGAGGCCGCAGGCGAGGAAACUGCUUUCUCUCAGCAGCAAAGACAACGAGUUUUCUUUGCCGGACCAGUUUGUUGUCACAGACGAGGAGGCAGCGUCGGCUAACAGACACAAGCCUGGUCUCGUGGCACGUUCCGCAGGAAACGAAGGAAGCCCUUCCGAUAAAGCCAAGGAUCAUCCCGUGGGUCUCAUUCAGUCAGCCGAAGCAAGGGCAGUGCGAAACGGAGCGACGACAGUCUACGCUACGGAAGUGUACGGUACUUUCAUUAACGGCGCCUACGCUCAAGUAGUCUCCACGGCCGUGCGAGUCUUCUCCGACCAGAAUCAGCAGAGCGCCUCGCACCUUCCGCCGAGGCAAGAGCGGUCUACGUCUCCUGGCUCCCCUGCACAGACGCGCCCGACGGGUCUGAUAUCUUCUAUAGCUAACACGGUCAUCCACGACAGCACCACCACUGCCUACACGACUAAUAUUUAUGGAACGUACAUUCGGGGCAUGUAUGCCCAUGUCGCUCAGACGACGUCUACUGUGAUCAAACCUCAAGCUUCUAAGUCAGCGUCUAGUAUUACGAAGAACCAAGAGUACAAAACGGGCCUCAUCUCCUCGCUAGUCAACACAGAAAUCCACGACGCGACGACGACUGUUUGGAAGACACACGUCUACGGCACGUUCGUAAACGGAUUUUAUGCCCACGUAGCGUCUACAGCGUCGGAGGUGCUCAAACCGACCAAAAACACCUUUGUACAGGCAACUAGCACCCAGAUACCUACACGCACAAGUGUUCCGUCCCAGCAGACGAAGACCAAGAGCUACACGACGGGGCUUCUGUCGGCACGAACGAACACAGUUGUCAACGGAGGGACUUCAACGGAAGUGGUGACAAAUAUAUAUGGCACGUUUGUCGGUGACCUGUACGCGCAAGUGGCACGCACGACGUCUCGUGUGCUAACGGGAGCUGCACCCAGCACUAGAGCCUCUGACGCCGCCACGCCGACCACUGCAGCCAAGCUGACAGGCAUAAUUUCGUCCACGGUCCAAAGCGUUACGCACGGAGGUGUCGUUACGUAUUACACUACGGAAAUACACGGCACUAGCGUGGGCGGCUUGUACGCACAGAUCGCGAAGACUUCGACGCGCACCGAGACAAUAAAGCCCACCAGCACGAAAGCAGCAUCGCAGCCAUUCCUGCAGAAGACGGGACUGCUUUCGUCCAGUGUUUUCAGCAGUGAAAUUCACGGCGGAUCAACCACACUACACGUGUCUGAAGUGUAUGGCACUUAUAUCGGAGACGCCUACGCUCAAUAUGGAAGAUCGACACGUCGAAUUAUAACGCCUACACAGACUAGCAAGGAAUCAGAGAAGACAGAAAGCCAGAAAACGGGAUUGGUUUCAUCAAUUGUGAGCACAGAGGUACAAAACGGAAGGACGACUCUUCACACGACAGAGAUACAUGGCACCUACAUCAACGGUUUCUACGCUCACAUUGCACGGAAGACAUCCAGUGUCUUGCAGCCUGCCUUAGUCAAGGCGACCCAGGCACCAGCAGUGAUAGCAAACACGGAAACGCUAAUAUCAAGUGAAGUCAGCACAGAAAUCAGGAACGGAGCCACUACUCUCCACACGACAAAUGUGUACGGGACGUACAUUAACGGAUUUUAUGCACACGUUGCACGAAGUACGUCAAGCAUAAUACCGCGUACUAUAGCACCAUCUUCAACAACAGAAGCACUAAAAACUGGACUUGUAUCCCGCUCGGUGAGGUCUGAUGUACAUGAUGGUUACGUGACGGAGUAUACAACAGAUAUUUAUGGUACGUUCAUCAAUGGUUUUUACGCCCACCUAGCAAGGACUACAACAACAAAAUAUGCCCAAUCAACAACAAGCAAGUCUGAAUCUGUGAACCUCCUCUCCAGCUUCUAUAGCUCGUUAUCUGCCCUCAUCCCUUCAAGCACAUUGACGCUUACGCUUAGUGAACACUCUAGAUGGAGUUUAUUAUCGUCAUCACCAGUGUCCAGUCCAAAUUGGGAAGCUACAACAAUUAUCGCACAAGAACCUUCUAUAAUUACGCUUCAGUCACCCAACGUGCACCGUACUACCGAUUCCUCGGAGGACUACACCAUUACGUUGAGCCCAUCAGCUAGCGUCGAAGCGAUAAGCACACUACACUUGCCGAUUUCGUCAUCGUCGAAGAAUAGCGUAAACAUUGUGGAACUAGACACGACAACCGACAAUAUACUUGAGGAAAUUGGUCUCACUACGGCGAUACGCAUUGACUCAUCUCUUGACGAUAAGACUAUCGUCCCAACUAUAGAUGAAGUAGUUCUUUAUUCUUCAAUAAGUACCGAAGAAACCAAGUCAACAGUUGCUGAGUCGACACCCGCGAUCGCGCAGAUACCCGACAGCAAGUCAAUAGAAAUUCAUACGUUUGUAGAAACAAGUGUGUCGACAGAAUCAAGCCACACGAACGAAAUUCUGGAGAAACAGUCGACUGAAGUCCAAGAGACAGUGACGUCCCGAAUAAGGCCAAUAUUCCCUACCAGAAGGCGUCCUAAUGGGAUUAAGAGGCCUAAUCACCGCGCGCCGGGUGACUUCAGGGAUGAAGAGGAGGAGCCAGAAGAUUACGGAAGAAAUGAGUUCCUUGACGAGGAAGACGAAGAUUACAACGAAUAUGAAGAGAAACAGCUUCAGACACCCGAACCACGCUCGUCUAAGCGGCAUCGGCCAACGCGAGCGGGAUACACCAGAGGUCCUCGCCAACCACAGACAGCGCACCAACUCAAGCACCAAGCAGAAGACGAAGAAUACGACCUUUAUCAUGAUGAUGACUACGAACAAGUGUCUGCUCGGUCAAAGUCACAGGCAAGCAGAAAUGAAGACAGCAAGCAGGCUUCGCCUCCUUCAGGCGUAAACAUCAGACCUUUCAGAAGAGAACGCGUUCCUUUUGCUCCGCCAUCAAGGGUAGUCAACAAGCCAUCCUUCACUCUUCAAAUAAGGAGACCGCAUGGAAGACAGAGAACGAACAGGCGACGUCCCUUAAAGGAAGAAAAGCCAGAGGAAGAAGAGAUAGAAGCCGAAGAGGCCGUGCACAGCUCUGCAGCCACGCCGCAGUUGCACUUGGGACGGCGGAGAGGUUCAGCGAGACCGUUGGGAGCCAAAUCUCCGCCUGCCAGGGCACCUUUCACAAGGACGAGGCCCUCUGCAGUAGAGAAUACUUAUGGAAUAAGUCCGAACAGGGCAAAAUCCGAGGAAGAAUACUCUGAUUACGAAGAGGAUGAUGACUACAAAGCUGAGCGGAAUCCCCGUGGCCGCGGUCGUCUUAAACCGCCGUCAAGAGGCUCGCCAAAUGUACGAGGGAGGGGUAAUUUAGGAGUAAGGCCGUUAGUAAGACCACAACAGCACACUGACGAAGAGGAUUCUAAUGAAGACACGCACUCAAACGCGAGAAACCGUGGGCGACAAAACCCGAUAGCUAAAGGCCGUCGUAACCAAAACAGAGCUAGGGCACCAAACUUAAAAUCCUCAUUCAACACUGUAAAGGACGAAGAAGAGUCACCAAAUUUGCCCUUCGCUAGACUUCGCGGAAACAGGAGACGAUCUUCUUACAACCCUAGGGCCCGUAGAACGUCGCUGACUUCGACUGGCCGCCCAUCGACAAAGCCCCCCAUAACAGUCACUUCUGUGAUAACGACCGUAAAAACUCUCCCUAUAUACCAUGGCUUCAAGACCUCAUACGCGACUUUGACGACUACAGCUCUAGCAUCCAGCGUCAUUCAGGCUACACUGUACUCGACGGCAGUCGACGAGUCAGGACGGACAAAGACGAUCCUGAAUUCCAGGAGCGACGCGAAUGGCCCUUACACGACAUUCACAGAAGUGCUCAUUACCACCAGCGACUUGCAGCAGUUUAGGCUCCUUCCAAUAAAGAUAGGGUUCAGCACCCGUACUGACACAAUAACCGAGACGACUGUCUUAACCCAACUCACAACCCUGUACAGUACCAUAACCCCAGAGGUCAUUCCAACCACACCAGCCACGAACCCUCCUGGCUUUCCAGUCCCCUUUUACCCGCAGAUCCCUAACCAAGAUUUUAGCCUACUGACCUCUUCGUAUGUAACAACGGAAACAAUUGUGACCUCGACAGUGUUGCCCAUUGUUCUUCGUGGAAGGACGGUUCUUAGCACCGUUACUACAACCAAAUUUUCUGAGUCAACAGUGACGAAGACUGCGUCCGUCCCUGUUCCCCAUAUUCAAACAGCGGCCCCUUUCAUACCGCAGCCUUAUUUUGCGGUACCUCAGCUAACAACAAUGCUCACUCUAUAUGUCACUGGGGACCAGGGGGACGUCAUUCCCGUAGUUACUACUGUCACUGUUCCAUUUUAUCAGCAGCCUCAGCAUUUCUUUCACACUAAAGUAGCGAGAAGCGUUCCCGACAAGGCUUCUGAAUUUGCCACUUUGGCUUCCACAGCGUUCAUAGGAGUUGCCGUCGACGGGUCCAGACAGGAUGAAGUACCCGGAGGCGACCGUUCUGAAGAGGUAGCGCUUUUCAGCUCCGGGAUCGAGCCCUCGCUAGGCCGUGCAUCAUCCUGGUCUUUGGCACAGUCUCGAAGCCCACACAGCGCAGCUUCUGAAAGCAUUUCGGACGCUGACGAAGUGACGACCAUCUCCAUGGGUCCGAUCACCGAGGUUUACGAGCAACUCGCUACCGACAUCCCGGUGCUGCCAAAGCCGACCAAAGGUGGCUCUGCUAAGAAGUGGAAAGCUGAAAAGAAGCCAACUGCUGCGCCUGAUGUCAGCCCUGAAGACAAGUAUGGCAUCGGCAGAAAGUUCGUCUCUCGAAAGUUGCAGCAGUUCGAAGAAACCGAAGACGAAGGUGUGAGACCAGCCGCAGAUUUCACGCGUAUUCGUGGAAGAAGUCGUGUUCGUGCAACGCGAGUGCAGCCGCUGCACCUCUCCACGCCGGAAGCUCUUGUAGACAACAGCGGGGCUCACCAGCCUGGCUUCGACAACGCCGGCGCCGUUCAAGAUGUGCCCGCUGAAGGCGUCGCGCGUACCGGUGUGCGUCGUGGGCGAGUGUUUCGAAGACCUGUGCACAGGAACAGAGCAAUCCUGGACGACUCUUCACCAAAUGAAUUCAGGGGCCCUCAUGGAGGCUUCAUUCGUAGAAGACCGCCUCAUAUUGUUCAAGAUCCUGUGGACCUGAACCCGCCUCAAGAGCCAAGCUCCGCUUUUCAUUUCGGUGACGACCAUCAAGCCUACAGUCCAGGUAAUCUUCUCGAAACCCCUUUGCCUGCUCUUUCCUCUCAUCACAUUCUCCCUUCUCCUUCUCUGGACAAUUUUUUGUCGUCUUCCUUUGUGGGUGGUGGAUACUCCUUCUCGGCACCGGAGGUUGUGGCUACUCUUACUGACCCUUUGGCGUCUCCACCUAAUCAUGAAAUCACGGCGGAUGCGGUUGCUCUUUCGGGACUGGAAACCUCUGCACUCCCCCAAGGCAGAGUGAGAAGGAUCAAAGUUCUUAGACCUGCCCCUCAUGGUGAAGGAUCUCUUGGUGACGGUUCAAAGAAGGUCCGCCGCGUUACGGUAACUCGGACGUUCUCCCCGGCAGGUGCACCGACCAGAUAUGAGGACUACCGGCCACAGGUGGACACCCCAUUCAACCAAGACGAUGGCGGAUUUAACCACUUUGGUCCGCACCAAAACGUAGUACCGGUCGUUCAACAGCAGCAGCGGCAGCAACCGCAAGAUGUGCUUAGAGUUCCUGCUGAGGUAACGCAGCAGGCUGGCUUAGGGCAUGGCGUCCCUUACGAUCACUUCGAGACAGGCGUGAACCAGCAGUCAUUCCCAGGGUUCAGUCCCAACGUUCCCUAUCAGUACUCGCCCCCCGUGCCACAGCAGUUCGCCCAAGCAGAGCCGUAUUCGCCCCGCGCGCCGGAGCAACACGAUCGCUUUACGCAGCUCCAGCCUGUGCAGAACUUCGUUCCAGUGGCCGAGCAACCUCCAGGUCCACCCCCUGCACAUGACUUCAACAAUGUGCCCCUAGAGGUCCCUGUUCCUCCUCCUCCACCGCCACCACAGCCGGAACCUGUGUCGCCGACUCGAAACUCCCGCCGAACAGUGUUUAGAAGAAUUCGGCCGACUAAUUCGAAUCACCACGGAGAGAGGAAGACGUCGCUCGUGCGGAAAACGCGGCCUGUUGUGUCCACACCCGCGGUUCAGCUAAGCUCUUUUAAUAUUGAGCCGACGCACGUUUUUGUUUCGGCCGACUCGAUAGAUUUCAACAGAGUUCUGGGAUCGUCACAACAGUCCCUCGAGUAUUUCGGGCCCGCUUCGCAAGAGUAUUUUGCCCCUGUGUCGCAAGAGUAUUUUGCCCCUGUAUCUAAAGAGGUAUUUGCCCCCGUGUCCCAACAGUACUUCGCUCCCGCGUCGGACCAGUACCUGUCUCCGGUAUCCAGAUUUCCUGAACCACCGCCUUCUUUACCUCCAGUCUCGACGGAACCUACAUUUGAUCCUCAUUCGGCGGCGCCCGUCGAACAGAAUCGGGAGAAUUCUGCCGACCUAGUGGAAGACACAACGCCUGCCUCCCAUCAAUUCAGGCGAAUAAUUCGUGUGAAAAAACCUGGGGAAGGUAAAAGCGGUCAAAGGAGAAAGGUCGUCUUGAACAGGAGACCAUCAAUCAACAGCCUGCAGGCGCGGGGACCAAUAAACAACGGAAACAAUGCGAAUGAGCUAGUGCCCCUAAGUGUUGCUGCGCCUCCACCUCUUUCAAGCCAGGUGUUAUCACCAGGGCAAAAUAUUGUCAGCCCAAGAGUGUCGCUAGAGAUCGGAGCUACGGUGCCGCUUACAUAUUACACUACGUUCACGUAUUUGACAACCUUCCUCCACGGAACAGACACCGUUUACAACAGCAGAGAGGCUGUCUUAUCUUCGGUGGCGACUGAGACCUUGGAUUCUAAUAUAGUGAACGUCAUUCAGAACCACGGUGGCUUCACGACAGCGCCUGAUGGGGUUUCAACUGUUCAUCUAGGAUCAAGAACGAAAGGAGCGGCCACAACAAUUGUCAAUUUGGAAUCUCGACUUCAAAUAUUCAACAGUGAUAUUUACAAGGAGAUACACCCAACACCAAUAGCACAGACAGAGACUACAUUCAAGACAGAAUCACCGGUUCUCGAGCGCAUACAAGAGCCGCAGUCCCCCCAGCAUAAUGCGCCAGGAGGAGAAGACACAAGUACUGUGCAAUUAACGGACCUCUUCACUGCACCAAGGACGUUUUACACUCUUUACACGUAUUACUAUACGCUUUUUGAUGGCGCUGAAACAAAGAAUUCGGUCCGAUCUGAGAUUUCAUCAAGUGUCGCAUAUGAUAACAGUCCGUUCCGGCCGCCCAUAGCACAGACAAAAAUCAGGAAUGGCCUCUUGCCGCUUGGUCUUGAUGUGACAACCGUCCACCUCGGCUCGCGAAACGUAGAUGGAACGACAACUGAAGUGAAUUUGGGGAUGCGCACAGUCAUUAAAUUUGACAAAAUUGUUGAUGCUGAUAUCGGACAAAUUCCCGAGAACGUUGCUCCGACUGCAUCGUAUUACCCGAGCUUUGCAACAGAGGCUGUGGACAACAAAAUCGAUUUCAUCUCCAACCAAGAAAGAUCUUCACUUCUCGCUGACGCUCUGCAGCCGUCUUAUGCCAUAGCUAGUGGUGACAUUCAGCCGACGAGCAAUAUUCAUGCGACACCAGUAAUCCUGUUUCCCGUGGACGAAUCGACAAACGCACCAAGGGCCAAGGUUAGAAUCGUCACUUCACGCGUGAAGUCGGCAGGCAGUCUUAAGUCUGGCGUGUUUCAGGCUGCUCCUGGCGUACGGGUUCGCAUUAAGCCUGUUGUGAAGCACCUGGAGGACUCGGCCGCUUAUAGCGCCCCGCCAGAAUUGUCGUCAACUCGCGCGUACGAGCCCUUCAGCUCGUUCUUCAUUACAUCCCCCAACCCAAGUACUGAGCUGACUGGAGAUGAGCCUCUUUUGUCGUCAGCCAUAUUCCCCUUGACGACUCCGGAAGACCAAGAAGUACACAGGGGCAAAAAGAGGCUUAAAGUGACGCUUCGAAGACCCAUUCCAGGGGAUAAACUGGCGAGAACAAAUUCCUUAAACACGAGAUUUGUGAGACCUUCUCGAUUUGAAAUUACCACAAAGCCUCGGUUUUACGUUGUGACCCGAACGAAUGCCGCGGGUGUGGCCAGGCCUACAAAGAAUCCAUUCAAUGUGAAAGUCAGUAAAAGGCUCAAGCCGACAGACUUGAUUCGAGCAACUCCUUCCGUCAUCUACGAAACCUUUACAACGACGACGUCGGUUCCGGUCAUAUUCGGAUUGCAGACAAGCUACAAGGAAGUCGUCAUCACUGCGUCGACUCCAGUGACGCUGACUGCAUCGCCGACUUAUGGCGUGGAUGAUCACGACUUGAUUGAACCCUCCCAGACUGUAAUGCUGACGUACUUCACCACAACUACGUUCACAGUCCCGUACACCUUGGGUGACCAGACUCUGUACACGACUGUCCUCGAGACGAACUCAAGGGUCGUCACCGAGACUGUAGCUGCAAGUCGUGUCGUAAAUGCCCUUCACGCGUCACACUUCCCGGAGAUUAUUGGAGACCAGAAUGCCCAACUCAUUGGCAGAGGAGCUGCGCCGAAACAUGAAUCAUCAUUGAACCUGUUGGCAUCCCACUAUCAACAGAGGCCCGGACUGUCGACGCGCGUCUCUGAUGGUGUGACCCUCAUUGUGGCCAGCGGAGGCGAUGGCGAGGCGACUACGCAUCUGUUUCCCCAUCAACCUACGCCUUACACCCUGCAGCCAACCUUGCUGCUGGAUGCAGUCUUGAUGAAGGAACACUUUGAUGGCCACAAUGUGUCGCCGCAGCCGUACUCUGUGUCGUAUAGCACGAAGACCUUGUUCACCACUUACACCUAUUUCACAACGUUCUUUACGGAUGACUCUUCAUCUAUCGCAAGCUCCGAGCAAGUUAUUUCCAACACUGUUACAAUUCCGGUUACACAGAACUUGUACCCAACUAUAACGCCGUACUUGCCCGAGCCCAGAGAGCCAAGCACGUACUUGGAGACGAGUGAGCGGGUAGUGACAAGUACUUCAUACAACACGUUUACGUUUUAUGCCACUUUGUUCAAUGGUUCAAGCUCCGUGGUCACGCCGUUUGAGGAGGUCCAGUCACAGGUGUUCGUCAUCACAGAGUCCUUCACAAUUACACGAACGGUACAGCCAACGUUGUCGAUUCAACCGCAGUCAACUCCAGUUUUCUCACGUCCCGAACCGCAGCAGAGCUACUACUACCCAGACCAGGAUCAGUACUUGUCGCAGCAUUAUUCAAGUCAGCAGCCACAACUCUACCAAGCCAACGACAUCCUUAAAUCGCAGCAGCUGCAGCCAUCAACAGUUUUGAGUACUUUAUAUUCGACGCAAACUAACUUUAUUACAUUCUUCCAAGGAACAAGUACGAUCGUAACCUCCAUUGAAGAGGUCCUUUCAGACGUCGUUACUAUCACCAUACCUCAUGGUCUGGCUACUCCUGUCCUGUCGUCUCCCCACUCGCCUUCUCCAACGACCUCGGUUCCAGAAUUUAGCACGAGGACGUAUCUCACGACACAGACACAGUAUGUUACAUUCUUUAGAGGAACCGAGACAAUACUGUCUUCGAUUGAAGAAAUUGGUACGACAGUUGUAACAGAGAGGGCUGGUUCCCGACCAUCCGUCUACUCAAGGCCAAUAUCGACACCUGCGCUGCAUUCCUUCGCACCGGCUGCGUCUAGCACGCCAUCUUUCGUACUGCCAUCGCACACAGGUGCUCAAGCAGAUUUGGUUCCCUCAGUAAGGACUUAUUACACUACAUAUACGUACUUCACAACGUUCUACACUGACUCAAGCUCUAUUAUUGCCAGUAGAGAAAACGUUGUCACGUCUCAUGUCACUUUGUUUGUGCCACGCGGAUCUCUCACGUCCUCAGUGAGAACCACGGCGCCUACAAGAAUACCCACAGUUGCUACGCACACAACUUCCUCGACAAGUGCUUCGACACGGCCCACAACGACCUCUACAUCUCGUUACACGCGGCCAACGUCGACUACGCCUCCCUACGACACAAAGUUGUACACAACUGGUACAACAUAUACUACAUACACUUUCUAUACUACACUGUUCGGUGGUCAAGACAAGAUCGUGAUUUCGAGCGAACAAGUUGUGCCGCAGAUUGUGACCACAAGGAUAGGCUCAAAACCAUCAACUACGUCGUCACGCUACAGACUAACGCCUACUGUCCUGACGCACAUGACUACUUACACCUACUUCACCACCCUCGUUAGCGAUUCUGAGACCAUUGUGUCGUCGUCCGAAGAAGUUAUAACACAGUUUGUUUCGACCACCAUAUCGCCUUCUUCUUCAACCAGCUUUGUUCCAGAAGUGAAUAUCAUUACUUCUUCAUUGUACAAGCCCGUCAAAGAAGAGAAAGUGGAACCGUCCAGCAAAACAGGAACAAGCCACUCAAAGAGGCCGUCUUUAGGUAGUGGUUUUAAGCGUCCUUCCACUGGCUUCCACCAGAAGUCUUCUGUCACGCUUUUCGCUUCGUCCUCUUUUAUCCCUAGUUCUUCCCCGACACUAACAACAGUGACGCCAGCUUUCACAAUUCUUGAGUCACCAUCCAUUGAAGAAGAAAGCACAAGGUCAUCGAUGGGAGUCUCCACAACAGUUAUCGAUGGCUCCACCGUCAUUUUCUUUACUGACAUUGCCGCCAGUCAAGAAGAAGAAACGGAUUCCAUUGGUUCUGAUUCUGUUUCCUCGCUCUUCACAUCUUCAAUGCUCUCCCCAGUUUUUGUACCUUCAUCCUCACUCUUCCCAGAAAUACUCGAAAGUUCUUUCUUUUCUUCGCCGUCGGUUGCUGCACCUGUCACGUCUACAACCGUUCUGGAAAGCAGCAGUAAAUAUGUUGGUCACGACAACGAAACGACCACGUUGCCACCAAGCAUUACAUUAUUCAUGGUCACUGGCACAGAUGGCUCUCUAACGAGGCUCACAGAGGCAACAUUCACAUCACGAACGCAAAAUGUUGUUCCUAGCAAAGCAGCAGGCCCUGCGGUUGCCGACAUUGUUGCCACGGAGAUACCAUACUUAGAGCAAGCUCCAUCGGCGUCUUCGCCUAGCUCUGGAGCUGGUGGUAGUCAGGUAGGCACAAGCUCCCCGUCGAAGCCAAUAAAACCAGGUUCCAUUAUUGACCUUGCGGACGUGCUUGGCGGAAAUGCAAACAUCGGCGGAAAUAUUGGGGAAGCCAUCAAAGGCAUCGUUCACCUUUUGUCUAACGGCAAGAAGAACGGUACCGAUGGUACAAGUGAGCUCCAACCAAGCCAAGUGAAGGAGGACGUGCCGCUUCCACCGAGUGACGGCGUGACCGUGAGUAACAUUGAAGAGCCCGUUUAUAUCCCGGUUGGGGCAAUCGCGUCCGACAUGCCGGCCGCUGAGCGAAGUCAGGUGCAUAGUGAGUCGUUCGAUGGUCCAGCGCUCACCUCUAUUCUGCACGGAAAGCCGUCAAUUAUGGGAGAGGGCUUCCACACGGACGUGUUUACCGGCGCAGAAACAGUGUUCAUUCUUCCUACGGACAGCCACUACGACGAUGACGCAGCGGACGGAGAGGACGUUCCGGAACGCGUUGACAAGGAUACAUCUGUCCACCUCGUAGGAAGCGUUAAGAAGGCGUCGCUGCCUUCUACGGACGCCACUCCAGCGUUAGACGCUAACACGGGUGUGAUCACUGGAGACAAGACCAUUUUCUUCGAUGACUUUGACAAAUUCACUGAGCUCACACAAAGGGCGGAGGACAGUAAGGGCGAUGCCACGAUAUCGGACCCGAAAGAACUUUCAAAGGUUGUAGGCGUCCAGACCAUCUUCUUCCCCGACACGAACGUGCUCCAAUCUUCUCUCGCAAGCGAAGUUCAGAUCACAGGAGCAACUACCAUCUUCGGAGAGGGCUUCACACCCAUCCUGCCAGGCACGCAAGAUUCCUCAGAGACACUUGUUUCGUCCAUUCAACCCACUGUCGUCGGCGGUGCCAAGUCAGUGAGCGGCGCUACUACCAUCUUCUUCCAACUCGAUGGCGAAAGAGUUCCGAUACUGCCGUCCGUGUCCACGAGCUUGUCUACCGUCACGCAGUACGUCACGAGUGUGGAAUCCUUCACUCGGACACUCACACUCACGACGACGAAGGUGUAUUACACAAGAGACAGCCCGCUGACGAUAACGUCCGUGUUCACGACAACCAUCGCUCCGAGAACUUUUGUGUCUACCAUUAUCGGAAGUCGCACCAUCCUGGGUACCUUGCCCGAGCCCUCCGCUUCGGUUGAGGCACAGCUGACGACGCCUCUGCCGAGCGAAGCCACCACGACGGUCACCACGACGACCCUCAUCUUCAACUCCAUCACAACGACCGUGGUCCGGACGUUGGUGCUCCCAACGGAAAGACCGGAACCCACUCGCUCCUCUUCGAUCGGCAACCUACCGACGACGUCUGUCCUGGUAACGCCCGAGGUCAGGGGAAGAACUCCGGAGUCCGCCGACAGCAAGUCCCCUCCAACGUUGCGACCGCCUCAGCGGCGCCUCACGACGCCUCGAACGACGACCGCGGCGCACGGCAAGCGACCGGUGAUUGCAUUCAGAGCACCGUCGAGGACUCCAGACACGGCAAGCACCAAGCCGAUGCCGACCGGGCCUAAGUUUAAGAUACCAUUCCCGAAACCACCGACAACGACGACGACCACACCGAAGCCCAGCAGGCCGCCCAAAUCCAAGCCUGGCAAGGUGACGCCUAUCGACGGCUACCCGCCAGUGUGUCUGCCAGGCUGCAACACUGCGAACUACGAGGUCUGCCGCGAAACGUUGGAUGGUACGUGGCAAUGCACCUGCAAGCCUGGUUACGGAAGGCAGGACGGCAACAAGACCUGCACAGAGGUUGAGACGUACGUUGUCAUCCUUCGUGUUGUGAAGAUGGGAGAAUCGGCAGUAUCGUAUAGCACGGAACUCUCCAACAGCCUUUCGACCGAGUUCCAACAAAUUGCCGACGCAGCUAAGAAAGGAAUGAGCGACGCUUACAAGAAGACGGAUGUGGAGAGCCAGUUUGUGACGUCGAACUUGAACAGCAUCUCGGCGGCGGACGACUUGGACACAGCCGACAGCGCGCCGCAGGGCAUACUGUUGAACUUCACCGUGUCCAUGGCGAGGUCAGAGGCCAUCACUUCGGAGGUGAUACGUGAACAGCUAACCCGGUCGCUGCGUCAGUCGAACUACAGCAUCGGAAAGAGCCCGCUGUUCGUCAGUCCCAACGUUCACGCCGUCGCCGCUGUCCAAGAUUACGACGAGUGUGGCGACUUUGACGCCAACGACUGCGACCGGUUCUCCGUCUGCGUCAACUUGCCCGGGACGUACACUUGCUACUGCAAGAGUGGCUUCGAAGACCUCGACCCGCUGCGACCGGGCCGUGUUUGCUCAGGAGAGAUCAAGAACUGCGACCACUGCAAUGGCCGCGGAACAUGCCUGGUGAACGACGAUGGCAAGAGAAGCUGCCGCUGCAACCGCAUGUUCCUAGGACGUCGCUGCGAGAUCAACGGUCUCGUGCUGGCGAUCGCGCUGCCGAUCGCGCUGGCGCUGCUGGUGAUGAUGCUGUGCUGCCUGGUGUGCCUGUGCCGCCGUUGGAAGCGGCGGGCGCAGCGCGCCAAGGGACCCUUCCGGCUGGGCGCCGUCAGCCCACUCGGGGGCACGCUUGACAAGAAGGCCAUGAUCACCGACACCUCGAGCGAGAGCAGCGGGGAGCAUGCGCUCAAGCACUCCUACGCCUUCGACGGCUUCAUGGUUGGACCAGGACCCGGAAAGCCACAGAGUUCCGGAGCCAUCGACACACUCGGCCGAGACCAGGUGGACAUGGGCACAAUGCAGAGCAAGCUGCUUUACGUCCUGGAUGGCUCGACUGGAAAUGCUAGGCAGCCAACGGACAGCAAGUCGGACGAAGGCCGCUUUGCUUCCCUGCCGGACACCAACACUUUCAACCGUUGGAAGAGCAGUCAAACCAAGGAGGAAUCUGCGGGAGCCAAAAAGAAGGGGUCCAAAAAGUCUAGUCCUGCCUCGAGCGAAAAAAAGGCGAGCCCACCGGCCACGGGGACAGCGCAGCGUCGCCCCGAUGCCCCGGCACCUCCCCCGCCACCGCCCCCGGCGCCAAUCACGCCAGGCACCUCCCGCUGGCUCGACAGUUCCAAGCGAGCCGCCGAGCGUCAGCACCUCGUGCAUCAGAAGCAGCAGCAGCAGCAGCGGGGACACAGCGGCGACGAUGCUCCCUCGCAGCCGUCAACUUUCUCUCGCGAAAUGGACAAGUUCCGAAGCUCCGUGGCUGGACCGUCCGACGCUGGUCCACAACAGCCGCAGCAGCAGCAGCAACAGCAAGGCGAGGACGCCUAUGGCACCAACACGUUCACCAAGAAGAGCACCAUCUCGGAGACGGGCCGAUCGUACGACGAGACCACCAUCCGGCCAGCAGUGAAGAGGCUGCGGCCGCCUGACGCGCCCGACGAUGAUGCCGUGCCCAGUACUUCGCGCGGCGGAGGCGGUGCCGAUUUCGGCGAGGAGAACAGCCGCUUUGAUGACUCCGGAAAUGACGUUGCCCCUUCAGCUAGUCCAAUCCAGGUUGUUCGUGCCGAUGCCUCGAGAACGCGAAGGACUUCCAAGUCGGGCUCGUCGACGGGAGACUCGGACGUGGUCGCACGACCUUUUUAGACGCUUCUGACCCACGACGUGUGGGCGUUCUGCGGUUACACCAGAUUACGAUGAAUGGCGCAUUAAUCCUAAUCAGAUAGAUUAACGACCAAUGAUACAGAAUUACCAACUUUGCAAUUGUGAGAGGAUUAUGCUGCUCGCGUACUUCGCGCAGAUUUAGACUGUGCCUUUGUUGAACACGUCCGCUCUCGUUCGUGUCUUCCUUGCAACUGUCUAUCCCUUUCAUGUUUCCGCGCCAUGUUCUCUAGCGGUGUGAAUGGAUGGGCUACAAAAGACACAAUAGUGGCUUUGGAUGCCAGUGAUGCGAUAUCUGUUGAAACUUACUUACCUGAUGGAUCGAGUUUAUAUCUUUCUCUGCUUCGUUUAUUUGUCGCCUCAAAACUGAGCGUUGCUGUAUGCUCGCCCUUCUGACAGAGUUUCCUUUGUUCGACGAAAACUUAGGCUUGCCAUAAGAUUCGCUCACGCGUGCGCCGUUGUUUUGUCAGCAAGCGCUUGUACAUAAUAGAGACAAUCAUUGCUUUGUUCCAUUGUAUCAUAAUUUUAACCGGAAUGUGCAUAUGUAAUUAUAAGAAGCCUAGGUAUUUUGUUUUCGCUUCAAUUGGCAGCUGAUAUUAUGUUGCUUCUAUCGAUAUUGAACUUUUGUUUUUUUAUACAAAGUGAGAAAAUCAAGUUUUUGCAGCAUUUGUUGUUUGUGCUAGCUGCUUAGUCGAAGUAUGACUGGCUCCACACUAAUGCUUCCAGGAUGAUGACGUAACUAAUACUAAGGCCACAUGUUACGGCGCAGAAAUAAUUCGCGGCUCUUGCGCACCUGGCAAGGAGAGCCUGCUUUGUAAAUAGUGCUGAUCUAAUGCUCUCUCUGUUCAGGUGUUCAAGGUGCUGCUGAAUUGUUAUUUUUCCCUGGGGAGGUCAGGUAACACAUGCCAACUGCUCAUAUUCUUUUUGUGGCAUAUUUCGCAGCCCUCAUUUCUUGUUUUUUUAUAGCAGAAUUAUUGCUAACAGUGAAAAGAAGUGAAUAAAGAUAUUUUU